GAAGAAAUCCAGAGAGAAAAUUUUGCAUGCCAAGCACACGACUUUGUACAUAUUCCGUUGAUUUCCCCCAAAACCUUUAACUAAAACGCACUUCCCGUACAAAUUACGAUGGCCCGUGGACACCAGAAGAUCCAGUCGCAGCAGAAGGCGCAGGAAAAGGCUGCCAAGAUGAAGAAGCAGCAGGGGCACGGGCUGAGCGACCAGAUGAAGGCGGCCCAGAAAGCGCUCGUGUUCUCCUGCGCGGUGUGCAAAUCACAGAUGCCCGACCCGAAAACGUACAAGCAGCACUUUGAAAACAAACAUCCCAAAAAUGAUCUCCCGGCAGAGCUGAAGGACGUCGUCUAAAGGCGAGCGGAUGCGCAAGGGUGCACCACGCCGACCAACCACACACACUAACCCGCCAAAGGGGGUGAUGCAGCAGACCGCUUUGGUUUGGGUGUACUUUUUUCCCUCCAGUUCUUUAAACAACCAGCAACCGGACACACACACACACAGAGACGAUUGUGGUCUUCGAUUAAUUUAAUUUCGUAUCGCGAAAUUAAGUAGAGAAUUUAGCGCACGCAACGUUAGGCCAUGAUGAGCAUUGCUUCUGUUCGGUUUUCCUAGGACUACAGGCAGGCUACCAAUCCCUUUAUUAUUCUGAGCAGCAAACUCUUUGAUAAUGUGUAACGAUAAAGUAAACUAAAUAAAGCCGUUGACAUUUUUUGAAUAA